AUGCCUUACCUUACUUUGCUUUACAUCUCCAUGUGCUCCAAGCCAUUUCCAUCAGACUGUGUUAUUGGCACUUUGUUGAUGGACCCCCAUGAAAACAUCCUUCUCAGUCCUCUGGAGAUCAAGAAUGAAAUGGGCACAUCAGAGUUGACCCUGGGUUUGGGUGACCCGCGUGCAACCAUGCUGGCCUUCGACAGCACCUCCAUCCCUGACUUAACUGACGUCAAUUCGAUCGACAAGUGGUCGAGAAUGAUCUUCCCCACCGUGUUUUCCUUCUUCAACGUCGUCUAUUGGCUUUAUUAUAUCAACUAACUGGAUUCUCGGCCGUCCGAGAAGCGCCACUUAUUUUUAUGUCAGUAUACUCUUCCGUCUGAUUUUGCAAUACAAGCAGGACUUAUGUUGACAAAUUCAAAUCAGGACUAAUUCUCUUUGACCUUGGGUUCACCUUAAUUGCUGGCUGACACUGAUACUCUAAAGAGGUUAAGAACAAACGGUGCCUGCUCCAAAAUUCAAUAGAUUUUAGCGCGCUUGAGGGUAUUGUUUAGAGUUUGGUUUGCUAGAUUAGAUUUUUUUAAAUGAUUUCUUUUAGAGCAAGAUGCAUCUGUUUUGUUGCCAAGUUAUCAAAACAGUUACUGACGCAAAUUAGUUAUCUUUAUACCAACAGAAAAAUCUAAGUCUUAAGACGAAAAGUGGACGUUUACAGUUCUU